AUGAGUGCAGGGUCGGGAGUGGGCUGCUGCAGACAGCAGUCUGGCUGUCAGUGGACUGAGAAUAAGCCCUGCCUGGUCAUAGGCCAGUGUGAUCCAGAGUCAAUUCAGAGAAAACCUUUAACUUACGCCCUGGGUGUUGCCUGUCCACAGUUUCCUGGUGGCUCACCGCUUCUGCCUGCUCCAGCCUUGCUCCGGCAGCUUCAAGGCUUCUGGGCUUCAGAGCUUGUUGUGAAAGCUUGCUGCUUUGGCCUGCUACCCCUGCUUCAGAUUGAGUUUGAGGAUUCUACUAGCAGCAAAUCAAGUCACUUGGAACAGCAACUUGAAGAAGCUAAUUCUGUGAGGCGAGAACUAGAUGAUGCUUUUAGACAAAUCAAGGCUUAUGAAAAACAAAUCAAAACAUUACAACAAGAAAGGGAAGAAUUAAAUAAGGAACUAGUCCAGGCUAGUGAGCGAUUAAAAAACCAAUCCAAAGAGCUGAAAGACGCACACUGUCAGAGGAAACUGGCCAUGCAGGAAUUCAUGGAGAUCAAUGAGCGGCUAACAGAACUGCACACCCAAAAACAGAAACUUGCUCCCCAUGUCCGAGAUAAGGAAGAAGAGGUGGACCUGGUGAUGCAAAAAGUUGAAAGCUUAAGGCAAGAACUGCGCAGAACAGAAAGAGCCAAAAAAGAGCUGGAAGUUCGUACAGAAGCUGUAGCUGCUGAAGCAUCUAAAGACAGGAAAUUGCGCGAACAGAGCGAGCACUAUUCUAAGCAACUGGAAAAUGAAUUAGAGGGACUGAAGCAAAAACAAAUUAGUUACUCACCAGGAGUAUGCAGCAUAGAACAUCAGCAAGAAAUAACCAAACUAAAGACUGAUUUGGAAAAGAAAAGUAUCUUUUAUGAAGAAGAAUUGUCCAAGAGAGAAGGAAUACAUGCAAAUGAAAUUAAAAAUCUGAAGAAAGAACUACAUGAUUCAGAAGGCCAGCAACUUGCUCUCAACAAAGAAAUUAUGAUUUUGAAAGACAAAUUGGAAAAAAACAGGAGAGAGAGUCAAAGUGAAAGGGAAGAAUUUGAAAAUGAGUUCACACAACAGUAUGAACGAGAAAAAGUGUUAUUAAUGGAAGAAAAUAAAAAACUGACAAGUGAGCUUGAUAAGCUUACCACUUUGUAUGAGAACUUAAGUACAUGCAAUCAGCAGUUAGAAGAAGAGGUAAAAGAUCUAGCAGACAAGAAGGAGUCAGUUGCACACUGGGAAGCUCAAAUCACAGAAAUAAUUCAGUGGGUCAGUGAUGAAAAGGAUGCACGAGGAUAUCUUCAGGCCUUAGCUUCUAAAAUGACUGAAGAAUUGGAAGCUUUAAGAAACUCCAGCUUGGGUACCCGAGCAACAGAUAUGCCCUGGAAAAUGCGUCGUUUUGCAAAACUGGAUAUGUCAGCUAGACUGGAGUUGCAGUCAGCUCUGGAUGCAGAAAUAAGAGCUAAGCAGGCCAUCCAAGAAGAGCUGAAUAAAGUUAAAGCGUCUAACAUCAUAACAGAACGUAAACUAAAAGAUUCAGAGAAGAAGAACUUGGAACUACUAUCAGAAAUUGAACAACUGAUAAAGGACACUGAAGAGCUUAGAUCUGAAAAGGGUAUAGAGCACCAAGACUCACAGCAUUCUUUCUUGGCAUUUUUGAAUACGCCUACCGAUGCUCUGGAUCAAUUUGAACGCUCUCCAUCCUGUACUCCAGCUAGCAAAGGCAGACGUACUGAUCCCGUUGAGAACACAUAUGUACGGAAUCCGAACGUCAAGUUUUACAUCCAGUCAAGUUCCACAUCUUCCACAUCUAGUGAAGCUGAGCCAGUUAAGACUGUAGACUAUACUCCACUUCCAGUUCACACACCAACCUUAAGGAAAAAGGGAUGCCCUGGUUCAACUGGCUUUCCACCUAAGCGCAAGACUCAUCAGUUUUUUGUCAAAUCUUUUACUACUCCUACCAAAUGUCAUCAGUGUACCUCCUUGAUGGUGGGCUUGAUAAGACAAGGCUGUUCCUGUGAAGUGUGUGGAUUUUCAUGUCACAUAACUUGUGUAAACAAAGCUCCAACUGCUUGUCCAGUUCCUCCUGAACAGACAAAAGGUCCCCUGGGUAUAGAUCCACAGAAAGGAAUAGGAACAGCAUAUGAAGGGCAUGUCAGGAUCCCUAAGCCAGCUGGAGUGAAGAAAGGAUGGCAAAGAGCACUGGCUGUAGUUUGUGAUUUCAAACUCUUUCUGUACGAUAUUGCUGAAGGAAAAGCCUCUCAGCCCAGGGUUGUAGUCAGCCAGGUGAUUGACAUGAGGGAUGAAGAAUUUUCUGUGAGUUCAGUCUUGGCUUCUGAUGUUAUUCAUGCAAGUCGAAAAGACAUACCCUGUAUAUUUAGAGUCACAGCUUCCCAGCUCUCAGCGUCUAAUAACAAAUGUUCAAUCCUGAUGCUAGCAGAUAGUGAGAAUGAGAAGAGUAAAUGGGUGGGAGUGCUGAGUGAAUUGCACAAGAUUUUGAAGAAAAACAAAUUCAGAGACCGCUCAGUGUAUGUUCCCAAAGAGGCUUAUGACAGCACUCUUCCCCUCAUUAAAACGACCCAGGCAGCUGCAAUCAUAGAUCAUGAAAGAAUAGCUUUGGGGAAUGAAGAAGGGUUAUUUGUUGUGCAUGUCACCAAAGAUGAAAUUAUUAGAGUUGGUGACAAUAAGAAGAUUCAUCAGAUUGAACUCAUUCCAAAUGAUCAACUUGUUGCUGUGAUCUCAGGACGAAAUCGUCAUGUACGACUUUUUCCUAUGUCAGCUUUGGAUGGGCGAGAGACUGAUUUUUAUAAAUUGGCAGAAACUAAAGGGUGUCAAACCAUAACUUCUGGAAAAGUACGUCAUGGAGCUCUUACAUGCCUGUGUGUGGCUAUGAAAAGGCAGAUCCUCUGUUAUGAACUAUUUCAGAGCAAGACCCGUCACAGAAAAUUUAAGGAAAUUCAAGUCCCAUGUAAUGUCCAGUGGAUGGCAAUCUUCAGUGAACAACUCUGUGUGGGAUUCCAGUCUGGAUUUCUAAGAUACCCCCUGAAUGGAGAAGGAAGUCCAUACAGUAUGCUCCAUUCAAAUGACCAUACACUCUCAUUUAUUGCACAUCAACCAAUGGAUGCCAUCUGUGCAGUUGAAAUCUCCAGUAAAGAAUAUCUGCUGUGUUUUAACAGCAUUGGGAUAUAUACUGACUGUCAGGGCCGAAGAUCUAGACAACAGGAAUUGAUGUGGCCAGCAAAUCCUUCCUCUUGUUGUUACAAUGCACCGUAUCUCUCAGUGUAUAGUGAAAAUGCAGUUGAUAUCUUUGAUGUGAACUCCAUGGAAUGGAUUCAGACUCUCCCACUCAAAAAGGUUCGACCCUUAAACAGUGAAGGAUCAUUAAAUCUUUUAGGGUUGGAGACGAUUAGAUUAACAUAUUUCAAAAAUAAGAUGGCAGAAGGGGAUGAACUGGUAGUUCCUGAAACAUCAGAUAAUAGUCGGAAACAAAUGGUUAGAAAUAUUAACAAUAAGAGGCGUUAUUCCUUCAGAGUUCCAGAAGAGGAAAGGAUGCAACAAAGGAGGGAGAUGCUGCGAGAUCCAGAAAUGAGAAAUAAAUUAAUUUCCAACCCAACUAAUUUUAACCACAUAGCACACAUGGGUCCGGGAGAUGGAAUACAGAUUCUAAAAGACCUGCCCAUGAACCCUCGGCCUCAGGAAAGUCGGACAGCAUUCAGUGGCUCGGUCAGUAUUCCAUCUGUCACCAAAUCCCGCCCUGAACCUGGUCGCUCCAUGAGUGCCAGCAGCGGCCUGUCAGCAAGGUCAUCCGCACAGAACGGCAGUGCAUUAAAGAGAGAAUUCUCCGGAGGAAGCUCCAGUGCAAAGCGGCAGCCCAUGCCCUCCCCGUCAGAGGGCUCGCUGUCCUCGGGAGGCCUGGACCAGGGAAGUGACGCCCCGGCGGGGGACUACGACGCAGAGGACUCUGAUUCUCCGAGGCAUUCCACAGCUUCCAACAGUUCCAACCUGAGCAGCCCUCCCAGCCCGGUGUCGCCCCGGAAGACCAAGAGCCUCUCCCUGGAGAGCGCCGACCGCGGGAGCUGGGACCCGUGAGUGGCCUCCGCUCUCAGACCAGACGCCGGCAGCGGCCGCUCUGGGCUCCCCUCCGCUCACUCACCCUGUGCUCUCACUGUCAUCCCCCCCCCCCCACCCCUGCCUGGAAGCACCAGGGCCGCAGCAGCAGCAGGCGGGGACUCAGGAAUUCUGCAUCUGGGACUCGCGGCCACGCCCCCUCGACUGAACAGCGACAGCCGUAAAGGCAGACUUUCAUUGAGCAGCUCAGAUUAAUACCGAUUUCAUUUCAUACACUUAGCGUUGCUUUCCAGAAUAUUUCACCCCUCCCCUGAAAGGUAGCUUAAGUAGGCAGAUUACACAAAUGUAAGCGAUAAGAAUAAGAUUAGACAGCCAUUGUUCUCACAGCAGAGUCCCGUUGUAGCCCUGAGACAGCACGUGGGGCUCUCGCCAGUGGGCCCCGGGCACGCCAAGCCCCUUCAGCACCACAGUGAAUGUCGACCUGAUCGUUGCCAGUAAAUCCCUGUUCACUAAAACAAUGCAUAUUUUACUACAAAAUAGAGUUUAACUAAAUACACAAAUGUAGAGCUUAAAUACUGACUGUAUAUAAUAAAAAGCAUCUUGUGUUCAACAAAA